AUGUCUACAGAUCAAGAAGCGACUAUCUGCUCAUUGGCCACGACCUUUUUCGACGCCAUCGAGGCUAGAGAUAUCGACACCAUGAGAAACUCGUUCACCCCUGAAGCUGAGAUUUGGCAUAACACGGACGAGCUAAUCGUUUCACGCGACCAGACAGCCCAAGUCCUUGCCGGCAUGGUACAGCGCAUCACCAACAUCAAAUAUGCCCAUCGUCGGCUAUUCGUAUUUCCGGGUGGUUUUGUCCAGCAGCAUAUCUUGGAAGGAAACAGGGUGCAUGACGGCGAAAAAGUGCGUUUGCCGUGUGCCUUAGUCUGCCUGGUCCAGGAUGGAAGGAUUACCAGAUUGGACGAAUAUUUCGACAGUGCUCAUGUGGCGCAUUUCAGAAAGUUUGUGUCAAAAUCUCAGAUCUGA